AUGAGGAUAAAUUUUUUACGCUUUUUGUUGACGGGUACUGCAAGUAUAGCAGUGACAGCCACUUCUUCGUCGUCUUCGAACAAGUCCAUUGUUGUGCGCAUCCGGCUACCCGACGGAUCGAUCGAACGACUAGCCGUGCCGGGAGAUCGGCUCGACACCCUAACACUUCAAGAUGCUCUCGCUCCGCUGCACCAGUCCACCAAAGAAACCUCUAUUUUACACAAAAAGAAUCCAGCCGAUGCGUCACGAACCCUACGAGACUUGGAAAUUGAACACGGAUCACUCCUGACUCUCCUAUCCAACAAUGCUGACCAAUUGCCACAGUCCAAGGCCGGCCUCCAAAAAAGAGCCCCACCAUCGAUACCCCGGGAAAAGCGGUACGAUCCUUUUCCCGAUCUGGCCAAAGACUACGAAUCCGCGAAGCGUGCUUCCGCCCGUCGACGUAACGCCGGCAGUGGUUUGAGUUACGGCGACCUCGCUCAUUUGCAAUCGUCGUUGCACGUGGUAGAACCGCAACCGGAAGGACCGCUAAAACGAGUUUAUAUGUGUCGGUAUGCCGCGGAGCGCUUUCAGUCCAACUGUGUCGGGGGGAAAGCGCAAGAAUUUCAGAAUCGGGUCGGCUUGCUGCUGGGAACAACUCAACGCGAAAGAGUAAAUACCAAACCCAAAACCCGAACGUCCCUUUCCAGCCCACUCACAGACUCCGAUUACUGUGAAGUCGCAAAAGUCCAUGCUAUUUGGGAACCGCCACAAAAUAGCCAACCUGGAACAGCAUACGAUGGAAAAGCUUUGCGUAAAAUACCGUCGAACGUGCUACGCAUAGCGGCUCAUUUAGGCUUAAAGCCCGUCGGCUGGAUUUUUACCUACAGCGAUGAUCGCCACAAAGACCAAGAUGCGUUACCUGUAUGGUCGAAGGAUGUCCAACAUGGUGCUCAGCUCCAAGCUUUCAACAUGCAACGAACCGAUCGGGCAGAAGGUGCUCGGUUUGCCACACUGGCAAUGGAUGCCAAGGUUGGAACGACCGAAGCCUUUCAGCUGUCAGAUGUGGCCGUCCAAAUAGUCGCGGAGGAUAUGCUGCUUAUUCAGAAUGGAAAGAAGGAUGUUGAUGGAGGAGGGCGCUACGUCACGACAAGUCACGCCAUUCUGGUUGACGGCCAGGAAACCACCACGUUGGAUUGUGUCUUGUGUCUAGUAAAUACAGCGUUACUAUCCCAUGAAGGUUCCUUUUCCGGUGGGUCCGCCGUGGCGGCGGUCAAGAAAAAGGAUGGAGGUCUGACGAGCAAAACGCGCAAGGCCAUUCUGGCUUAUAUAGACGGUAGCGAUGACGCCGCCUUGCUGGAGAUUUUGAGUAACUUCGCGGUAUUGUUGGCCCUGGAUGAACCUCUAGGCGAAGCCGAUUCAUCCAGAUUGUGCGAAACAGUUCGGAAAUGGGCUCGGGGACAACGACAAGGAACGCGUAUCCACGAUGGUACCAAGCAACGAUUACACGCGAUUCUCAAUCACUAA